AACUAAAAAAGAAUACUAAUAAUAAAUAGUGAAAAAGACAUCUGACGAUUCCGUGAUUCACCACCAUCACUUCCAUUUGUACCAUUUCUCCCAAAUCAUUCCACCGAUCCCCAAAAUGCUGCCAUACACCACCGUACACGCCGCCGAAACCGCCAUCGGCCGCCCACUCACCGCCGCAGAAACCCUCUGGUUCAACUACUCCGCCACCAAAUCCGACUACUUCCUCUACUGCCACAACAUUCUCUUCCUCUUCCUCGUCUUCACUCUCGUUCCCCUCUUCUACGUCUUCAUCGAAUUCUUCUUCCCUAAAUAUGUUACUGCUUACAAGAUUCAACCCAAAGUCAAAUACUCCUUUGUUGAUAAUAUUAAUUGCUACUUUGAUGUAAUGCGGACCUUUGUUCUUGUUGUUGGACCUCUGCAGCUUGUUUCCUAUCCUUCCAUUCAAAUGAUUGGCAUUAGAACAAGCUUGCCCUUACCGUCUCUAACGGAGAUCGUUUCGCAAUUGUUCGUUUAUUUUCUCGUGGAGGACUUCACAAAUUACUGGAUUCAUCGAUUUCUGCACGGAAAAUGGGGGUAUGAAAAUAUUCACAAGGUUCACCAUGAAUACACAACACCUAUAGGAUAUGCAGCACCAUACGCUCACUGGGCCGAGGUUUUAAUUCUUGGGAUACCGUCUUUUCUGGGGCCCGCCAUGGUUCCGGGCCAUAUGAUUACAUUCUGGCUGUGGAUUGCUUUGAGGCAGAUUGAGGCUAUUGAGACUCACAGUGGGUAUGAUCUCCCCUGGACAUUAACAAAGUUUAUUCCUUUCUAUGGUGGAGCUGAUUACCAUGAUUAUCAUCAUUAUGUUGGAGGACAAAGCCAGAGUAAUUUUGCAUCUGUCUUCACUUAUUGUGACUACAUAUAUGGAACAGACAAGGGUUACCGUUACCAGAAGAAAGUCCUGCGACAGCUGAGAGAUGGCUUGAAAAGUGAUGGAAAACCUAAUGAUGGAUCACAUGCUUCUGGACAAGGUAUUAAAUCUGACUAGCCAUGAAUACAAAAUGCCCCUUGUUUAUUGUGCUAUUUUACAAUCACUUGUGCACCUUAAUCCUUUGUUUUUUGUAGCCCUUGUAAGUUGUAACCAAACUAUGUUUAUAUAUCCCAGAUUCGCGGUUAUGAUGUUUUUUUAAUCUUUAUUAAUUACAUGACCUGCCUAUAGUGAUGUUUA